AUGACUGCAACAAAUAGUGAUAAAGAAAAAGAUCUUGAAAAACUUUUCAAGAUUAUUCAUAAUGUUAAAUAUGCUAUGUUAACAACAGUUAAUGAAGAUGGUACACUUCACAGUCGACCAAUGAUUAAUAAACAAGCUGAUUCAUUCCAUGGUGAACUUUGGUUUUUUACUCAACGAAGUGCACAUAAGGUUACUGAAGUGAAAAAAGGUUCCGAAGAAGUAAAUGUAUCAUAUGCUGAUCCAGAAAAUCAAUCAUAUGUAUCAAUUAGUGGUCGAGCAGAUUUAGUUGAUGAUCAUACUAAAAAGAAAGAUUUAUGGAGUGAUACUUUAAAAGUUUGGUUUCCAAAAGGUCUUGAUGAUCCUGAUGUAACAUUACUUCGUAUUACAAUUAUCGAAGCUGAAUAUUGGGAUUCAUCAACAACUGUUAUGCAAAAAUUAUAUGGAUUAGCUAAAGCAUCAAUCUUAGGUGAUCAUACAGCAUUAGCUGGCGAAAAUAAAAAACUCGUCUUAAAUUAA